AUGUGGAUUUGCAUUGCUUCUGGCGGGCGUAACCACAAAAUCCUCGUUGACAGUUCAAAUUCCAGGGUCCUUGAUCUUCGAAGAAGGACACACUACAGCACCGUGGGGGUCUUUGCGGUCGCAUUAACGUCAUCUGGCCAGCCGACUCGUGUCGACUGGCAAACCGUCAAACGGUUUACACUUUUCACCGACCUUGUCGAGCUGAAGCUAGUGCUCCCAGAGCCCUCGACUGAGCCCCCGGAACCACUUCUCGGCAUCUCUCUCGCCUUCCCUGCCCUCACGAGGGUCACGUUAUGGUACGAGGGAACCGAUUCCCUGAUGCACCUCGUACGCAACCUCAAGGCACCCGCCUUGGUUGAAAUGGCCUUGGUACAGGAACCCGUCGCUCCCGGAUUCAUGGGCGACGGCAACAACUCACUUCGAGACGACGAGCUUCUGCGCAUCUUCCAAGUCACAGGUCGCCAAAUGCGCAGCUUCUCAUACCAGGCCAUCGAGAACGAGACCUCCAACAACAUGAAUGAAGUCGAAUCGCCCAACCUCACGAUCCGCGGGUUCAGUAUCGCAAUUCGACACUGUCCUCGACUGAAGAACCUCGAGCUUUCUUGCAACUUGGGCACCAUCUUGACAAAUGAUGGGGUGCUUCACAAUAACCUGAAGCUUUGGUCACUGAGGAACAAAGCUGAUACCCUCAGUCUUGAAUUUGGUGCUCUCCGUAAGUGGGCACUCACCGCCUUCCCCAAGGCGACCCUAAGACUUCUCAAUGCUUCGAACACUUGA